AACUGGCACCGAAUGAGCCGGGAAAAAUUAAGCAGCAGCUAAAGGCUCUAGCUUCUUCUUCGUCUUGUUUGUUCAGCUGUCAGCUUCUUCCCCACCAUUAACGCCGUGCUUUCUUGCCAUGGACUGCGUCGCUUUUCACAAUUUCAAAGCCUCUUCUCGUUUGAUUUCUCCCUCCCUCUCGUCUCGUCUUCAACCUUCUUCUCCCACCCUCCAGCUCAACAUUUUGAAAUUGAAGCGAUCGGGUGUGGACAGGAAUCGUCUGGUCGUUCGGUGUUCUAUUGGGUCCGAAGGCGAUGGCUCUGUGAAUGGUAAUGGGUUGCCAUUUACCCCCAAUAAACUUUUCAUGCAGGAGGCAAUAGGAGCUGAAUAUGGGGAGGGCUUUGAGACUUUUAGAGCUGAUGGGCCAUUAAAAGUUGAUGUGGACUAUUUGAAUGAGAAGUUGCAAGAUGGAUUUCUUCAGCGAAUACGCUAUGCUAUGAAGCCUGAUGAAGCUUAUGGUCUUAUCUUUUCUUGGGACAACGUUCUGGCUGAUACUCGAGCUGUUAGAUGGAAUGCGUGGAAGCAGCUUGCUUCAGAAGAGGGGAAGGAUAUUCCUGUAGAUGGUGAUGUGGAACGAUCAUUGCUAUAUUCUGGUGCUGAUCACAUGUUGCAGAAGCAUUUUCUAUGCGAUGAGACAGAAAACAAACUGGACAAAUUGAAGUUGAGGUUUUCACAGUUAUAUCAUGAUAAUCUUCUCAAACUUGAAACACCUGUGGAAGGACUUAAGGACUGGUUGGAAGCUGUGUAUACAGCUCGUAUCCCCUGUGCUGUUGUUUCAAGUCUAGAUAGAAGAAGCAUGACAGAAGCUUUGGAACGAAUGGGACUCCAAAAGUAUUUCCAGGCAACUGUGACAGAAGAAGAUGGAAUGGAGUCUAUAGCUCACCGAUUUCUUUCUGCUGCUGUCAAGCUGGAUCGGAAACCUUCAAAAUGUGUGGUUUUUGAAGAUGAUCCUCGUGGAGUAACUGCUGCCCAUAACUGUACCAUGAUGGCUGUAGCAUUGAUUGGCGCACAUCCUGCGUAUCAUCUGGGACAGGCUGAUCUUGCUAUUGCUAGCUUUAGUGAACUUUCUGUGAUCAACUUGCGUAGACUGUUUGCUAACAAGGGUUCCUCAUUUAUGGAUCUGCAGAAGCAGUUCAUAGAGAAUGCUCCUCCGAAAAGGAAACUCACAACUGACACCAUUUUUUAAUAUUUUUCUCCAUCUCCAACCUGAAAUUUUUCUUUGUAAUUAUGUAGUGGUGAUCUUUCGUUUUUCAUGUAAAUGUACUUUGAUUCUAUUGCAAUAAUCGGUUCGGUCUGAGGUGACUCAUUUUAUUUC